AUGGCGGGAGAGGCUCCAAACGAGACAGACGCCAGUAAUUUGAAUACGCUCUCUCCCCGCAGCCCACCAGCCCCACACCUCACACCAGGUCAUAGAAGAGCCCACCACCACGGUGAAUCUCACCCCCGUGGCGAGUCGCAAGACUCCCCUGACUAUGCCCUCUCCCGCCUCUCCCCCCAGCCCUCCACAUCCUUUGACCUGUCCGGGAUUGUAACUCCUAGCACCGUCCCCUCCCACCUCACCUAUGAGAAGAUACCCAUUCUCGAGGAGCACGGCCACGGCGGCAGGAGGCAUCGCGGCAGGCCCCGCCAAAGGUGGCCCCGCCUCCGCGGCGAGCCUUUCCUCUCUGCAGAGUACUUCCAAGACAGUGAGUCAGGGAGUACUGAGCCAGGAGGGCCCGGGCGCCCCGAUGCUGACGGCCACAGCAAGCACCACCGUCAUCCAACCCACCACCGCAGACGGCCUCCUCGCCCCGGGGAAAGCUCUUCCCACCGCGGCCUGUCUCACUCCCCCAGUGAGCUCCGCCACAGCCAGCAGGGGGAGCACCAGCACGGCCACCAUCGCCACCACGGCAAGCACCGCCGCCGGGAGCACCACUACGGGGAGUACCCUCGCGUCAGCUCCAGAGACACAGCCGGCAGCAUGGCCAGAGCCAGCUUAGUCUUCCAACCCAGCGUGGCACGCAGGCCGAGCGUGCCCGUUAGCUUGAUGCGUUCCCGCACUACAGUCCAAUCAUCUGCCAGCAAAGUGCAUCCUCUGGAAUUCUUCUCUAAGACCUCGGAUAGCUCGCCUGAAGAAGAGCAAGAUCAGCCAAGCACCAACAAGACCUCGCGGCUCCACAAGAAGGCGCGCAGCGGGACCGUGUGCAGUAAGCUGUGCGAAAACUGCUGCUCCCUCUUUCACGGGCUCCGGAGGAUGCUCAGGGUCCUGACCGAGUCCCUGUUCUUCGACGCCUUCAUCUUCAUCGUCGUCUGCCUCAACAUCGUCAUGCUGGUGGCCCAGACCUUCGCGAUCGUCGAGGUCCGGGGCGAGUGGUACUUCAUGGUCUUCGACUGCAUCUUCCUCUCCAUCUACGUGGUGGAAGCUCUGCUCAAGAUCAUCAGCAUGGGCUUCGACUACUUUUAUGACGCCUGGAACAAUCUGGACUUCUUCAUCAUGAUCAUGGCCGUGCUGGAGUUCACACUCGUGCAGUUCAACUCCCGCUCGCUGAAGCGCACCGUCUACAACCCCAACUUCUUCCGCAUCUUCAAGGUCUUCAAGAGCCUGCGGGCCCUGCGGGCCAUCCGCGUCCUGCGGCGGCUCAGCAUCCUGGUCAGCCUCCAGGAAGUGACCGGGACCCUGGUGCGGUCCAUGCCGUCCAUCACCGCCAUCCUGGUCCUCAUGUUCACCUGCCUCUUCCUCUUCUCGGUGGUGCUCCGGGGACUGUUCAGCCAGUCUGACCCCAAUCGCUUCCAGAACAUCUUCACCACCCUCUUCACCCUCUUCACCUUGCUGACGCUGGACGACUGGUCCCUGAUCUACCUGGACAGCCGGGCCAACGGCGCCUGGUCCAUCAUCCCCAUCCUCAUGGUUUACAUCGUCAUCCAGUACUUCAUCUUCCUCAACCUGGUGAUUGCCGUCCUGGUGGACAACUUCCAGAUGGCGCUGCUCCGGGGCCUGGAGAAAGUGAAGCAGGAGAGGGCCGCCCAGUUCCAGGAGAAGCUGCUGGCGGAGUCUCUGAUGAUGCUCAGCGAGGAAGAGCCCCGAGAGGCGGUGAGCGACCACACCACCCAGAGGCUCCUCAUCGAGAAGAAGUUUGGGACCAUGACCCCACAGCAACAGGAGCUCCUGUUCCACUUCCUGCAGCUGGCCGCGGGCGUGGAGCACUACCAGCAGAAGUUCCGCUCCCAGGCGUCCGUCAUCGACGAGAUCGUGGACACUGCGUUUGAGGCUGGCGAGGAGGACUUCAGGAAAUGA